AUGUAUCCGAACAUCCCAGAGAUCAACGUUUACGAGGUGACUAUCGACGUUAUGCCAUUGCUGCCGCAAUGGGACCGAAAUUCCUUGAUUUUAAUGACAACUUUGUGCAGCCUUUUGCAACGUUUACGCUGUGUUAACAUGCCACCGGACUCACAAGUGCUUCCAGUGCUCAACACUCCUUUUUGCAAGUUUGUGCUUCUUCGAAAUGAAGCCUCUUACUGA